AUGUUCGCGGACUUCAUUUGGAUGAUAUGUCAUAGGUUGAUGAUUCAAUGUAGAUUAGUGCCGCGAGUCCCGGUGAGCAAAUCGCAAGAAGCAAAAUACAUGUUUUCAGGCAUUGAACGGUAUAAGCCAUUCAACGGAAAGAUAUCCGGUGUAAACGUAUGCGCAUGCGUAUGCGUGAGAAUCGCUAACUUCUCCGAGAACGGCAACAAUAUGGAGGUGGUAGUUUUAAAGAUGACAUGUGAAGAGUUUCAAAGGGAAUACGGUAUAUAA